CAAAACUAAAUGUAGACAUGUCACUAGUAUGUCUGGAAAUUGUAUUAAAUGAAAGCUGUACUUUGGUUAUGUCUGUGCAUGCAUCUCAUUUACAAGAGCUGGAAAGAUUAAUGUAUCUGCCACGGUGUGGGACUUUUUUAAUUUGACUACAAGUUCAGCAACGUGAUAGCCACCUUUUAGGACUUUCUCAUUUUACUUUGUGUUUUUUCUCAUCAACGUUUCCUCUUCCUCCACAUGUGCACGAAGGCGAACAAAAUACUUGCAUUUUUGUUCUGAAGUGAAAGGGGAUUUGUUUGAAAAUACCCUUGAAGAUUACUUAGACUUGCUUGGAUUGUUGGAUAAUUUUUCGCCACACAACAAGCACAAUGGAGUCAUAAUCGUUGGAUCACCGGUGGGAGUAAAGAAAGAGAGUGUCGGGUGGCUUUUUGAGAAGAGCUGAAAUAGGGUUUUGGUGAACAGGAGGAGAUUGCAGAACAUUUCUGGACCACUACAGACAAGGUGAUCAGACAGACAGGCAGGAGAGCACUUGUGUAUGUUUUGGAAGGAAAGGGAAGGAGACUUGGUGGUGCAACUUCGAGGUACAGGAAAUCAUACAAGGAAAGAGGCUCGCUAAGAAGAAGUGGGACACUUUGAGGACUGAGUAGAGGAAGGAAUACAUGGAGAUCAAAAAUAGGACAAAGGUAGAGGUGGCAAAGGUGAACGAGGCAGAUGAGGACACGUAUGCCAGGUUGGACCCAAAAGAAGGAUGGAAACAUUGAUACAGAUCGCCGAGACAGAUGGCUACAGACAGGAAAGAUCUGCAGCAGGUUAGGGUAAUUAAGGAUGGAUUUGAAAAUCUGUUGAUUGGUGCCAGUUCUGUGCUGAUGGGUGAGGAAAACGAGAGAGAAAGAACAGUAGAAGGUCAGAAAGAGCUUCAUUGUAUCCUUGUAGAUCAAGAGAAAGCCAAUGAUAGAGUACCCAGAGAAGUAUUGUGACACUGGAAAUGUAUUGUGAGCAUUUCCUGGGAACCGCUGGAUGAAUCCCCUGCCAGAAGGAAUUUCAAUUCCCACCUCUGGGAACACUUCAGCUACGUUCUGGGGGAGGGAGGGGACACUGAGUUUGAAAGGACCAUGUUCCACGCUGCCUUAGCAGAGGCAGCCGACUGGAGAUGUAAGGGUGCUUCAGGAGGUUGGAGUACCGAACCCAUUGAUUACGGGCCUGGGUGUUCAUUCCCUGUACGACCAGUGUCAGAGUUUGGUGCCCAUUGCCAGCGGUAAAUCGCACUUUUUUCUGCUUUGGGUUGGCUGCCCUGCUAAAGGCUGCCUUUUGUCACCGAUUCUGGACAUAACUUUUAUGGACAUCAUUUCUAGGCACAACCGAGGCCUAGAUGGGGUCCAGUUUGUUGGCAUCAGUAUUGCAUCUGUGCUUUUUGCAGAUGAUGUGGUUCUGUUGGCUUCAUCAAAACGUGAUUUUCAACUCUGACUGGAAUGGUUGGAAGAUCGGCUGGGAUGAAAAAAAAGCACCUCUAAAUCUGAGAGGUCCAAUGCGCACUCCAGGUUGGGGAUGAAAUCCUUCCCCGAGAGGAGGAGUUGAAAAAUCUCAGGGUCUUGUUGAUGAGUGAAAGAAGAAUGGAACCAGAUAUCCACAGGUUAUUUUGCAUCGGUCCUUCCUCCAAACCCUUGGACUUUGAUUCCCAAAUCCAAGGCACAAUGUAUUCUCACUGGCCGUUGGAUCACUGGCCAACAGUGCAGUCCUUCUUCUCCUGGCCCAGUUGAGACACUUCCAAUGUUGCCUCAGGCUCAGAAAAGAUUUGAUCUGAGGUAUCCGACAGUUGUACCCCAUCUCCCAUAUGCGUCUGGAUGUGGUGUUUUUUUAAGCUGUGAAUCCCGCCUCAUUUGACUAUUCCAGGAACUUUUGUAGAUACUUGACUCUUCUCUGAUUGAUAAUACGCUAAAGGCCACAAACAUUUCUUUUGCUGAUGUAUCUUCUUCCACUGGUCUCUACACCAAUGUGCUUGUCCACAGCUCUCUGUGAACCACCAGUCUCAUUUGCUAUGAGCGUUUGUGCCUUACCCAUGCCAUGGAGGCUAUCAAUAAUGGUCUUCUGGUGAAUUGUCAUGCCUGCACACUUCCCAUAUUGAAGAAACUGAACUGAAGCAAUUUAAUGACACCUAUGGAAACUGUGGAGAUGCUUUGUGUUUAGGUGGGGAUUUGUGUGUGAUGCUCAGUUUAAAACAUUUAUGGCCUGCAAAAUAUGGGCUGAUUUCUUCACAGUAUUCCUUUUUUUCUUAUUUGUGGACUUUGUAGAGCCCUCCUCGAGCCAUCACCUUAUUUUUGUGGAAGGUCCUCAGCAGGAUCCUCGAGGGUGCAUGGGAGUUCACCCAACCAGUCUAUAUGUGUUUUGUGGACUUUAGGAAGACCUUGACCCUUGGGGAGUCUUGUGGGGGGUGUUCGGGAGUAUGGGGUACCAAACCCCCUGAUACGGGCUGUUCGGUCCAUGUACAAUCGGUGUCAGAGUCUGGUCUGUAUUGCCGGCAAUAAGUUUGUUUGAUUCCACCAAGGCUUCCCUUUGUCACAGAUUUUGUUCAUAACUUUUAUGGACAGCAUCUCUAGGCACAUUCAAAGCAUAGAGUCUCCGUCCAUAGAGUGUUUGGUGGCCUCAGCAUUGCAUCACUGCUCUUUGCAGAUUAUGUGGUUUUGUUGGCUUCAUCAAGCUGUGAUCUCCAACUCUCACUGGGGCGUUUCAUAGCUGGGUUUGAAGCAGCUGGGAUGAGAAUCAGCACCUCCAAAUCUGAGACCAUGGUCCUCAGUCGGAAAAGGGUGGCGUGCCUUCUCCAGGUCGGGGAUGAGAUCCAGUCCCAAGUGGAGGAGUAUCUCGGGGUCUUGUUCACGAGUAAGGGAAGAAUGUAGUGAGAGAUCAACAGAUGGAUCGGUGCAGCGUGCGUAGUGAUGCGGACUUUGUAUCGGUCCGUAGUGGUAAAGAGGAAGCUAAGCAGAAAGGUUUUACCAGUCGAUCUAUGUUCCUACCCUCACCUAUGGGCACGAGCUGUGGGUCGUGAACGAAAGAACAAGAUCCCGGAUACAAUCAGCCGAAAUGAGUUUGCUCCGCAGCGUGUCCGGGCUCUCCCAUGGAGAUAGUGUGCAAAGCUUGGUCAUCCGGGAGGGGCUCAGUGUCGAGCAUUGUGAUGAGCCAGAUGAGGUGGCUGGGGUAUCUGAUCCGGAUUACUCCCGGAUGCCUCCAUGGUGAAAUGUUCCUUGCAUGUCCCACCGGAAAGAGACCCCGGGGAGGACCCAGGACAUACAUGAGAUACUAUGUCUCUCUACUGGCUUGGGAACGCCUCGGGAUCCCUCUGGAAGAGCUGGAAGAAGUGGCUGGGAAAAGGGAUGUCUGGGUAUCCCUGAUCAAUCUACUUCCCCCACAACCCGAUCCGCAGAAGCGGUAGAGAAUGGAUGGAUGGAUUGAUAUUACAUUAAGUUGUUUAUUCCUGAAAAAAUAAUAUUGUUAUGCUUACUCCUUCCUUGCAUCCCUGCUUCGCUGCAUAUGGGUCCUCCAUGUCUUGCCCUGCCUUCCUCGGCCAUCACUAGUCCCGACAGGGACAUUAUGGAGACAAGUGUUGUUUCCCUGCUAAAAAUUUUCUCUAGAACAUUUCUCAAGAAUUUCUAAAGAACUGUAAAACUUUAGGACCCAAGUUCUAUUGAAUUUCUAUUGAAAUUCCAUUGUUCUGUGUAAAUUCUAUAGGAAAUCACAGCCAAAGCUCUAUUGAACAAGUUGUUCUGUACAAAUUCUAUUGAAUUCUCUUGAUUUCUAUAGAAUUUCUGUAGGAAUUGUUUAGCAGGGUUGGUUCCUCACCUCAGACCUUUUUACUGUGGGUGACCUUACCAGGGCCAUGAAACACCAGACAAUGUAGCUCCGAGGAUCAUUGGGUCACACAAACCACUCCACCAUGAUAAGGUGAUGGCUCAUGGAGGGUCCAUACACACGUUACUUGGAUAUACAGAAUUCUCUGAUCACAUUCUGUUCCAGGUCACUGACGGUGUAGUAGUACACAGACCUGACUUUGCUGCCUAUAUGUGCCCUGCGACAGACUAGUGACUAGUUCACGGUAUAGUCCACCUUUCACCUGAUGCAAGCUGGGAUAGGCUCCGGCACUCUGGCAACCCUUGUGAGGAUAAGCGGCUUGGACAAUGGACAUUUUGUUCCCUCAUCUGCCUCAUCACACAUAGUUACACUGAAAACAAAACAAACGCAAAGCAGGGACCUUGAAUCUAUUUACAAACCCUUAUGUCUUUCCACUAACACUGUCCAUGGACUCUGGUCAAGGCCAUCACACACACAAGCACACUCAUUCACUCCGUGCAUGGAACAGUAUUUCCUCAUUGAAGUCAUUUUGACAUUAUGGUAGAUGUGGAUGGAUUUAUAACAAUCAAUGUAGUGAUAAAGUUGCACGCAGUAACAUUUUAAUUAAAAAAGAACACUUGAUUUGGUGCAAAACAAGCUGUGACAAAUCAUCACCCAUCUCAUUUUCAAACCAGUGAUGACAUAAUACGUUUUUUUUGGUCUGCCUUUGGACCCACCCAAAGACACAAUGCAGUUAUAAAAACCUUCCGCAUGGCAAUGUGUCAUUACCCUCACUUCAGCUAUUCUGCCCAUUGACACACACACACACACACACAUACACUGGUUAAUUAUACAAUUUGUUUUCUGCCAUACAUCUGCGCCUUUUUAUUUUGUGGGCCCUUCCCCUUGUUACCAUUGUUACAAUCAUGAUUAUAAGUUUCGCUCUAAUAUGGGCAGUGCUGGUAGGGUUCUGCUGCAUCCUUUGGCUGGCUGUGGGAACACGACGAAGGCAGCCUAAGGAGCCUGCAAUUGAAAAUGGCUGCAUACCCUAUCUUGGUUGUGCUCUCCAAUUUGGGACCAACCCUCUCCAGUUUCUCCAUAGCCGUCAGAAGAAGUAUGGCCACAUUUUCACCUGCAAGAUUGCUGGCCAGUACAUUCACUUCCUGUGUGACCCAUUCUCUUACCACUCAGUCAUCAGACAAGGUAGACACUUGGACUGGAGGAAAUUCCACUUUGCAACAUCAGUCAAGGCAUUUGGCCACGACAGCUUCGACCCUCGUCAUGGCCACACCACAGAAAAUCUGCAUCAGACUUUUCUUAAGACACUGCAAGGUGAGGCAUUGCCCUCACUGAUCAAGAGCAUGAUGGAGCACCUUCAGAAUGUGAUGUUGAAGUCCAACACACUCAAUCCAAGCAAGGAUCACUGGAAAGUGGAUGGCAUUUUUGCUUUUUGCUAUAAGGUGAUGUUUGAGUCGGGCUAUCUGACAUUAUUUGGUAAAGAGCUUGGUGAGGAGAAGUGCCAGGCUCGGCAGGGAGCUCAGAAAGCUUUGGUGCUGAAUACGUUGGAGAAUUUCAAGGAGUUUGAUAAGAUCUUCCCAGCUUUAGUUGCUGGCCUGCCUAUCCAUGUCUUUAAGAGUGCCUAUAGUGCCAGAGAGAAUCUAGCCAAAACAAUGUAUGCUGAAAAAUUGUCACAGAGAGAGAACGUUUCGGAUCUGAUCUCCAUGAGAAUGAUCCUGAAUGAUUCUUUAUCCACCUUCAAUGACGUAAGCAAGGCCAGAACACAUGUUGCAUUGCUUUGGGCUUCACAGGCUAAUACCUUGCCUGCAACCUUUUGGAGUCUUUUUUACAUGAUAAGAAGUCCAGAUGCAAUGAAAGCAGCUCGUGAAGAGGUGCAAAGAAUGCUGGAGGCUUCAGGUCAGACUGUAAACCCAAGUGACCCCACAUUAAACCUGAAGAGGGACCAAUUGGACAAUAUGCCUGUUUUAGACAGUAUUAUAAAGGAAGCCAUGCGUCUAUCCAGUGCUUCUAUGAAUGUGCGUGUUGCCAAAGAAGACUUUUUACUUCACCUAGACAAUCAGGAUGCUUAUCGUAUAAGGAAAGAUGAUGUCCUAGCUCUGUACCCCCCCAUGUUGCACUACGAUCCAGAAAUCUAUGAAGAUCCCUAUGAAUAUAAAUUUGACCGCUUUCUUGAUGAAAAUGGUCAUGAGAAAAACAGUUUCUAUCGUAAUGGCAGGAGAUUACGUUACUUCUACAUGCCCUUUGGCUCUGGGGUCACCAAAUGCCCUGGCAGAUUUUUUGCCAUAUAUGAAAUUAAGCAGUUCUUGACUCUGGUUUUGUCUUACUUUGAAAUGGAACUUCUGGACCCUGCAAUCAAAGUCCCACCGCUUGACCAGUCACGUGCUGGUUUAGGAAUCCUUCAACCAACAUAUGAUAUUGAUUUUCGAUUCAAAUUGAAAUCCUACUUUUAAAUGUGUUGUUGUUGAAAAAAAAUGUAUAUAGUGUAUAUUCAAGUUCUGUAUGUUGAUGUCUUGAUACACAUGUAAAUAGAUGUUUUCAACGCUGUAUAUUAUGCGUUGAUUUGUUGCUCUGGAACAUAAAUUC